AAAGAGCUCUCUGGGACUGGGGGAUGUUGACUCUGAGUACAGUCGGGCAGCAGCGGUAUUUUUGGGGAGAGAAAGGUCCAGAAUUCCUUCCUCCAAGGCAGAGACUGAGCUAGUUGGAGCUGGGAACGGCCACUCUGGCUCGCUGGAGUUUUGGAAGAUUGACGACAAGCCGGUAAAAAUCGACAAAUGGGACGGUUCAGCUGUGAAAAAUUCUUUGGACGAUUCUGCCAAAAAGGUUCUCCUGGAGAAGUACAAGUACGUCGAAAAUUUCCGUUUGAUCGACGGCCGCCUCAUCAUCUGCACAAUCUCUUGUUUCUUUGCGAUCGUAGCUUUGAUUUGGGAUUACCUGCACCCUUUCCCUGAAUCCAAACCCGUUCUUGCCUUUUGUGUUGUAUCAUACUUUGUGAUGAUGGGCAUCCUGACGAUCUAUACCUCGUACAAAGAGAAGAGUAUUUUCCUCGUAGCUCACAGAAAAGACCCGGCGGGGAUGGACCCCGACGACGUUUGGCAGCUCUCCUCCAGUCUCAAACGGUUCGACGACAAGUACACCCUGAAGCUCACUUUCAUCAGCGGCAAAACCAAACAGCAGAGGGAAGCCGAGUUCACCAAAUCCAUCGCCAAAUUCUUCGAUAACAAUGGGACGUUAGUCAUGGAGGCCUACGAGCCCGAGGUUUCCAAGCUGCACGAUAGCCUGGCCCUGGAGAGGAAAACAAAAUAA